AUGAAAGAACAAGAGUUACAAGCUCAAGCGGCAAUGAAAGAACAAGAAUUGCAAAUUCAGAUGUAUAUUAAAGAAAUGGAGAUAAAAGCAAAACAAAGGAAAAUGGAAAGGAUGGCCAAGGAAAGGGAAAGGGAGAUGGAUGAAUACUUGCGAGAACCCAAUCCAAAUGAUGUACAAUGCUUGCUACAAAUGGCGGAGGGUCGUGGCUUCCCUGGCAUGUUGGGUAGCAUUGACUACAUGCAUUGGCAAUGGAAAAAUUGUCCGAAGGCGUGGAAAGGUAUGUACAUGAGUGGUUAUCGUGGGGUUGCAACCAUAGUACUUGAGGUUGUAGCAUCUUCAGACCUUUGGAUAUGGCAUGCGUUCUUUGGAGUUUCUGGUUCAAAUAACGAUAUCAACGUGUUAGAUCGUUCUCCAGUGUUCGAUGAUAUUCUAAAUGACCGUGCUUCGGAGGUAAAUUAUACUAUUAAUGGUAAUAAUUAUACUAUGGGAUACUAUUUAGCAUAUGGUAUUUAUCAUGAAUGGGCCACAUUUGUCAAAUCAAUUUCAAAGCCACAAGGAGAAAAACGCAAGUUAUUUGCACAAUACCAAGAAGGGCAAAGAAAAGAUGUGGAGCGAGCAUUCGGAGUGUUGCAAGCACGCUUUGCAAUUAUACGUGGUCCAACUCGUUUUUGGGAAAAGAAGAAGCUUGCCAACAUAAUGAGAGCUUGUAUUAUAUUGCAUAAUAUGAUUGUUGAGGAUGAAAGAGACACUUAUGCAGAAAAUUUUGCUCAAGGCCUAGAGUAUGAUGAUGUCAAAAAUGGCUUAUCACAGGAAAUAGAUCCUCUCCAUUUUUUAUUCACCGGAAAGGAUCUACUCCCCUUAUCACAACCUCAGCUGAGAGAAGAAGAUUUUGCACCAUACCAUCAAUUUCUCCAAAGAAAUGCCCAACUUCGAAAUAGGCAGCAGCAAAGACAAUUGAAAGAGGACUUGAUUGAACACAUAUGA